AUGCCUGAUGAUGUCACUGUCUCUGGAAAUCUUGAGAACAACACAUUAUAUCACUCUACGAAGAGACAACAAGAGAGCAACAUGUGGUCCUUUAAGGUCUUCAUGUUUGUUCUUUUUAUUAUUCAAUUUAACAACGUACAUCUAUUCAAAACUUCUAAUGAUUUCAAAAACUCAGUAACUGAAAAUCAGACUUCUCAGCCUCAGUCAGAAUUUGCCUUCAGUGUCACAGAGGAACCAGAAUAUGAAUCGCUGGAUGAGAUGAUUCAAGCUGUUAAAGCCAAAAUCCAGCCAAGCCACCAGACUACCAGCCCAUCUGUAGCUACUACCACCGCUCAUGAAAGCGCAGCAGAGUCUGAAGAAUAUUCUUACGGUGGCCUAGACAUUAUGACCAUUACAAUAUUUAUUGUACUGUCCGUGGCAGCAGUCAUUUUGAUAAUGUGGCUUAUAAUAAAAAACUGUUGCAUGAAGAAGAAAGAACAUGAUGUUGAGCGGCAAAUGGACGACAUGGCAUCAGUCUUUUCCAUGAUAGGUGGCACCAUCAUCAUCAUUUCUGAAAUAUCUAAUGAGCCAAGGAAGACUACCAUCAUUACCUACGGAGGUCAAAACACUGCUCCAAAUAAAGAUGAAGGAACAACACCUUAAAGGAGAAGGAAAGCUAAAUCCUAACUAAAGUUCUAUCACAAGGCUGGUAUACUAAUUACUACAGAACGUAGUAAAAUCUGUCUCCCUGGAGUCUAGUAGCAGGAACUGCGCUCUGAUAAUAAUGUAGUGUAGGGCUCCAGUGACGUCACAGAAUUUGCAGGCAACUUCCUCCCUGCUGCUCGAGGCAGCCUUAAAUCGGGUUGAACCAUAUUCUUUUGUGCAUGCUUCAAAGGCUGAGCUUUCCUCCCAUGUAAGAUGACGUGCAUGCAAAUCAGCUAUGUGCGCGUCAUCAUUGAACCUUUAAACACGCCCCCAACCAAUCAGCGUGCAUGCGUCUCAUAUCUAUAGAGACGCAUGAUCGUUUCUGUUUUAUUAUUGAAGGGAAGAGCUACCUGGCAGCAUCUAGCGCUUGCGGUGCGCAGCUAGGGGACAUAAAGAUUCUUUAAACUCGCUGAUUAUUUAUGCGCACUCGCUGCCUGGUACUGAGCUCCACGUUAUGUAUGGUGCGCUCCUGGGGUCAGGGAAAGCUUUAUUUGUACAUGCGCAUUAAGCAUAGAGAAGCUUCUAAUCCAUUAGCAAGAUGGCUGCUGCGUUGUUUCGAAGCAUGGCAGAACAUCAAGCAUGAUUUUAUGCCUUUGGAUUGGUUAGAAGAAAAUAUAGCGAUUAAGGUCAUCGAAGUGAGUACUUUAGAGAGACAUAGUGCAUGAGUUUUGCCUUUCCUUCUCCUUUCAUGCCGACAAAACUUAACAACGGAUGACCAGAGAAGAAUUCGAGUAAAGAAGUAGAAAAACAAACUACAAAAAUUAAAUAGUGAUAAUUUAAAAUGGAAUAUCAAAAAAUGUGGAAAUUUAAGAAGCUA